GCGGGCGGAGCUGCGCGGGUAUUUAGGGGUGCACCGGUGAGGCCGGGAGCGGCUCGGUUCGGCUCGGUGGCUGCAGGCCCUGGCUGUCGCGCUGCGCUCGGUGAGUGCAGAUCCAGUUUCCAGGAUGUGGUGGUCCUUGAUCCUUCUCUCUUGCCUGCUGGCACUGACCAGUGCCCAUGACAAGCCUUCCUUCCACCCACUGUCGGAUGACCUGAUUAACUAUAUCAACAAACAGAAUACAACAUGGCAGGCUGGACGCAACUUCUACAAUGUUGACGUAAGCUAUCUGAAGAAGCUGUGUGGUACUGUCCUGGGUGGACCCAAGCUGCCAGGAAGGGUUGGGUUCGGUGACGACAUAAACCUACCUGAAACCUUUGAUGCACGAGAACAGUGGUCCCAAUGCCCGACCAUCAAACAGAUUAGAGACCAGGGGUCCUGCGGCUCUUGUUGGGCAUUUGGGGCAGCGGAAGCUAUUUCUGACCGAAUCUGCAUUCACACCAAUGGCCGAGUGAACGUGGAGGUGUCUGCUGAGGACCUGCUGACCUGCUGUGGUUUCCAGUGCGGGGAAGGCUGUAAUGGUGGCUAUCCCUCUGGAGCAUGGAACUUCUGGACGAAAAAAGGCCUGGUUUCUGGUGGAGUCUACAAUUCUCAUGUAGGCUGCUUACCAUACACCAUCCCUCCCUGUGAGCACCAUGUCAAUGGCAGCCGUCCCCCGUGCACUGGAGAAGGAGAUACUCCCAAGUGCAACAAGAACUGUGAAGCUGGCUACUCCUCAUCCUACAAAGAUGAUAAGCACUUUGGGUACUCUUCCUACAGUGUGUCUGACAGCGAGAAGGAGAUCAUGGCGGAAAUCUACAAAAACGGCCCAGUGGAGGGUGCCUUCACUGUGUUUGCUGACUUCCUGACUUACAAAUCAGGAGUAUACAAGCAUGAAGCCGGUGAAAUGAUGGGUGGCCACGCCAUCCGCAUCCUGGGCUGGGGAGUAGAGAAUGGAGUUCCCUACUGGCUGGUAGCCAACUCCUGGAACGUUGAUUGGGGUGAUAAUGGCUUCUUUAAAAUCCUCAGAGGAGAGAACCACUGUGGAAUUGAAUCAGAAAUUGUGGCUGGAAUCCCACGCACUGAGCAGUACUGGGGAAGAUUUUAACCUGCUGUGACUUGAUUGUCCAGUCCUUAGGGGCUUUUCCCACAAUUUAGUAACCCUGGCAGAGAGUGAGGCAGACAGGAGAGUCUUUGUUUCUUUGAAUUCACCUGACAUGCAUGAAGCUUUCGGCAAGGUUUGGGACUGGACUAGAGCUGCUUGCCAUCAGAGCUACCCUCCAAGCACUCUCUCCUUACCUGGCUUCCUUCUAGCCUAUCCCAUGACAGUUACCACAGCCUGCAUCCUAGCCUCUCCCUAGACUAGUGCUGUUUGUAGUGCCUGCUGUACACCAACUUCGUGGUGAGAGGACAGAUGCCACCCGUCAGCUGCACCUUGAAGCUACUCACUUCUAGGGCUAUGGCAGGCAUUGUCGGCCCAACGCAGUUCUCUGGAGAACACUACCUUUUCCCAAGGCAUCUGCAUCCAUCUUCAUUGGUAAUGCGGCCAGCUCUCCUUGGUCCUGUCCUCAGCCAAUGCUUUCUCAAUAGGAUUUUAUGCUUUGUGUACCUCAACUGAGUAUAAAGAGCUGUACUGGUAUUAAAGAUCAUCUCCAAUUGUAUGGCCUAAAACAAGCUACAUGGUCACGGUUUGCUGAGUGACCGACAGACACCACAAUGAAAUUAGUCUGGGAAAAACCUACUUUUUGUUGUUGUCACCACUUAACUCUGUCAGUUUAACAAGGAAUGACUGUGCCAAUAAACCAUUUCUCCCUCUGCUUGA